AGCAUUCACUCCCAUGACAGGCAAGGCGUGUGUCCAAAAGAGUAUCAUGUGUUGCCCAUCACUUCACCAUUUGCAUGCGAACUCUUGUGCUCAAAUGUUGUUCGGACCAUCGGAGCUAGAGCUGGCAUGAGCGAGGGCGACUCCGCGUGUGCGAGGACAUGGCGUCGCCCGAGGCUGAAUGUCCUAAAACAGUUGUCUGCUUCGGUGACAGCAACACAUGGGGAGCCUGGGGGCACGCUGAUAAGCAGGGGCAGCGCAUUCCCUACUACGCCCGGUGGACAACGAUACUGCAGCGCCGCCUAGGCAACGGCGUGUCCGUGGUGCCAGAGGGGCUCAAUGGACGCACAACAGUGCUAGAUGAUCCUGUAUCCUUUCUGAACAGUCUCCCUGACACCGGGACCGUCAACGGUUCGAGGUAUCUGCCGGCGUGCCUACACAGCCACAAGCCCAUCGAUCUCGUGGUGCUCGGCCUGGGAGCCAAUGACGUCAAGACGCGCUUCAGCCUGAGCCCCGCGGAGAUCGCAAAGGGCUGCCUCAUGCUCAUCAGGAUGAUCAAGAUCGACCUCGGGCUGCGGCCCCGGCGGCGCGCCGCCGGCCCUGGUGCUGCUCUCGCCCCCCGCCAUGCGCCUGGUGGAGAUGCACGACGACUUCGGCCCGCACCGUGCAGCGAGGAGCCUCGCCGUGAUCGAGGCGUACAGGCGGCUGGCGGAGGAGGAGGGCGCGGAGUUCGUCAACGUCGGGGGACGUCCCCACCUCGGAGGAUGGCCUCCACUUCGACGUCGAGGCCUCCGCCGCGAUCGGGGGCCUCGUGGCCCGCGCGGCGGCCAGGGCGCUGGGCACUGGGCCCCUGCAGGAGCCGGGCGCGGAGCCCGGGCCCGGGGCGCCCAAGCGGCCUAGGAGAGAGGCAGACAGGGUCGCGUCGUGAAGAAGUCGAGGCCUCCCAGAUGGGGUCGGUCGAGGCCCUCUUCUAUUCGCCCUCCCCUCGUGCCCUCUCUUCGGGGGCCCACGCCUGCUGCACGCCUGCGGCAGUGUAGCCCUCGGAAGGGUCUGGUGUCCUCUCGCGUGCCCCCUCCAGUCAAGCCCGACUGUAGAUGGGCUCGGGGGACGACGACGACGACGGGAAUGCGGAGAGGGGUCAGCAGCGGCAGCGGCGGGCGCGCAGGCGAAGCGGGCGAAAACCGCGAGGCUGGCCGGUCCUCGAGGUAGCGGCGCGCAGCGCCCCGCGUUGCGCCUGCCGCGAAGUUUGGCGCAAGUUUUUCCCGCGCCGCGUCUCACUGCGUUCGGUGGCAGCUGCUGGGCAAGGGCGUGGACGCUGGGCUCGGGGAGCGACACGUCAGCGACGCAGAAAAA